UGUGUCAAGUUAACCAAUUUCGUGAAAAUCAUUUUUAGAGUAUUCUUAGCAAACUAUUCCGGACCACAAUGUCCAAGAAGGAAUAUAGAUUAAGCAAGAGCCUCUACGGGCACUCAUUGGACGUUAGAUGUGUGGUAGUGACGUCUCAAGCCGACAUAAUUAGUUGUUCUAGGGAUAAGACGGCAAAAUUUUGGAAAUACAACCCGUUUCAGAACAACUACGAGGACGUAAUGACGUACAAGGACCACAAAAAUUUCGUCGGGUGCGUUUUGUACCUCGAGCCCACCGAAGAGUUCCCCGACGGGCUGGUCGUGACCGGAGGCAACGACAACCUCAUAUUAAUUUACAAACCCUCGGAGCCUUUUGCCACGUUUACCCUCAAGGAACAUUCGAACGCAGUCAGCUGCCUUAGCAAUACAAACGAGGCAAACUGUUUCCUGAGCGGCUCGUGGGACACAACUGCCAAAUAUUUUCGUAUCUCGGGCAGCCCGAAAUGCGCUGUGUCGUACAUUGGUCACACAGCGGCAGUGUGGUCCGUUAUUCAACUAAAAGAUGGUAGGAUUUUAACGGCCAGCGCCGACAAAACGAUAGGAGUGUGGAAUAGCAAUGGGGAAAAACUGCAGUCUCUAACAGGGCACACGGAUUGCGUAAGAUCUUUAGCCGACUUCGCGGAAACUGGUGAAUUUAUUAGUGUCGCGAAUGACGCCGCAAUUAAAGUCUGGUCUUAUUCCGGGGAAAACCUGAAUACGUAUUACGGCCCAACUAGCUACAUUUACAGCAUCGCGAGGUGUAAGGCGGGCGGUAUGGACGCGUUCGUGACCUCCGGAGAAGAUAGGACCGUGCGUUACUGGCAAAACGGAGAAAAUACUCAGACCAUUACUUUACCGGCGCAGUCGGUGUGGACCGUACAAUGUCUGCCCAACGGGGACAUCGUCUCGGGUUCGAGUGACGGUGUGGUUAGAAUAUUCACUAAAGACGAAUCGAGGUACGCGGACGAGCAUACCCUGACAAAAUUUAACGAGGACGUGACGGCGUUGGAACAGCAGAGCGUGCAAGAGAUAGGAGGGGUUAAAGUGUCCGACUUGCCCGGAAAGGAAGCUUUGUACGACCCAGGCAAACGGGAGGGUCAGAUGAAAAUGAUAAGGGAGGACGGUAAGAUCGUAGCCUACACGUGGAACUUGGACGGGAACGAAAGUUGUUGGGUGAAAGUGGGCGACGUUAUGGGCGGGACCGAUAAGGAUGCCGCCGGAAGGACACUCUUCGAGGGAAAGGCCUACGAUUUCGUGUUUUCCGUGGACGUCGAAGACGGGAAGCCGCCCCUUAAAUUGCCCUACAACAGAGGCGACGACGUGUACAAGGUAGCGCAGGAAUUCCUGACCAGGAACUUCCUGCCGUCCAGCUAUUUGGAACAGGUCGUCGAUUUUAUCCUGAAAAACAGCAAGGAGCAAUACGUUUCGCCGGCGAGCGACCCGUUCACAGGUGGCAGCAGGUACACGCCUGCCGCGACCAGCUCCGCCCCCCUCGUAGGCACUAACGUGGAUCCUUUAACGGGUGGGAGCAGUUACUCGACUAGCGCGCCGAAACCGACGGCCAAUAGCGUCGCUUCCUCGGCCGGUAACGCGGAUCCCUUUACCGGCGGCUCUAGUUAUACAACGGCCGCUUUUCAGGGCAGCAACGGCUCCACGUAUUUCCCCGUGUCAUCCUACAGAACUUUCGACGCCGGCGACCCUAACGUCGUACUCAAUAAAUUGAAAGAAUUCAAUGCCAAGCUGAGCGGACGUGGUUUGGCCGUUUCUGAUGCCGACUUGGAGGCUUUAUCGAGGUUAUGUACCGUCCCUACGAGCGACGUCUCGACGGUGGACGUUUUGUUUCGAUUGUUGAACUGGCCGGAAGAUUUCGUGUUUCCCGUGCUGGACAUCGUAAGAUUGGCCGUGAGAAUCCCGCAAAACAAUGAAACCGUAGCGCUCAAGGACGGCGGAGCACUGGGGGACAAAAUGAAAAAACUCAUAGGGGACAAUAAGGUACCGAGCAACACUAUAGUGGCUUUAAGGACGGUGUGCAACUUGUGCGCACACCCACCCGGUCAGGAUCUGAUAUUUGCCAACCGUUUCGACAUAUUAGAACACGUCACUUCGUUGUCACAUUUAAACAAAAACGCUCAAAUAGCGGCUGCCACUGUUCUGCUCAACCUUACGGUCUUGUGCGUCGCCAGGGCGGACGAUAUGGGACUUUUUGUCUUGGCCCAAGUCGUUCCCGAUAUUUUAACGAAAUUUACCGAACCCGAAGCCCACUUUAGAGCUUACCUCGCGAUCGGUACCUUGGUAAACUGGCCCGGUCCCGAGCUGGAAGAAAUCAAGGUCCGGAUUAACGAGAGUGAGCAAUUUUUAACCACUCUACAGCUGCAUGGUUUCGCAGGCGGUAACGAUUUGGAGAGAAAGAGGACGGAAUGUGUGAAACAACUGCGGGGUUUCCUUUAAAGCUUAAGUUUUUGUCUUUAUA